AUGUGCGCAUGCUUGUAUAACUACGAUCAUUACACUGUGCGAGAAGGGUCUCCAGUACUUUCUGGCCAGUUUUCGCCAAAUGCACUCUUGAUUUCCAAAUUAUCAACAAACGAUGGUGACAGUGUAAUAUUGACAUUAGGAAAGAGACUUCUCCAACCCCGAAGGUGUUUAUGUUUAGGGGCGACCUCCGUUGUAGCUUUCCUAGUGCUGAGUAGAGUCCCCAGGGCUGACUCCCCAUCCGACAGAGCUCUACACACCUCGGCUGUACAUCACCACAGGGAACAGCCUCCACGGCCGGCUGACUCACAACCACAGGCAGACACAAGGAAGCCAGUGAUGUCUAAACCAGAGCUCUCGAUGAAGCUGAAGCAGGCAAAGGAGGAGGCGCUGUGGGGGAUGUUUGUUGCCGAUGCCAUCGCUAUGCCCGUACACUGGUACUACAAUGCAGGGGACAUCAAGCGAGGAUACGGAGGGUGGCUGACAAAGUAUGAAGCUCCAAACAAAAAACAUCCCUCGAGCAUCAUGUCGUUGUCAAAUAUUGGCGGCAGCGGACGAGGGGGUGACAAGGUCAAGGCUGUGAUAGGCGAUGUCAUCCUCCAUGGCAAGCUGAAGUACUGGUCGGGCAACAACCACUCCACACACUAUCACCAAGGUAUGAAUGCCGGAGACAACACAUUGAACGCCCUCAUGGCGCUGGAGAUGAUGAAGACGUUUGAGAGAGUUGAUCAUGACGUCGUGAGGGAGGACCGAGACGUGCGCAGUGAGGUGCUGGAGGCCUACGUCAAGUUCAUGACCACGCCGGGGUCUCACGGAGACACGUACGCCGAGUCUUUCCAUAGGUCUUUCUUCAAGGAUUGGUCCUCAUUGUCAAGUCCGCCUGAGACAGCUGAUGAUCUCAUUGAGUAUACAGAACAAAGAUACAAACAAAAGACAAAGGGAUCUCCAGACUCUCAGCUGGUUGUGAUUGGUGCGUUAGUACCCACAAUUCCCUGGGUGUUGAGGAGCGCACACAAGACAGAGACAGAGUGUGCUAAGUCUGCGGUAGACUUCAUCAAGCUGACCCACCCAGUGACUGCCCUGGUGCCCUACGUGGACAUGUACGCCCGGCUGCUGCAUGCCGUGCUCAACGGACACGAUCUGAAGGCGGAGGCUGUGAAACUGCUCAGUCACUCAGAGCUGGGUGGGCCAUCGAAGAGGGAUCUGGUUCUGAAGAUGCUGGAACAGGCCCAUGGAUCUCCCAAAGGGUCCGAGGAGCGUCUCCGCGCCUACCAGUCUGCCGUGUCUAACCUGGGCCUGGCCUGCUACAUAGAGGGCGCUAUCAGCUCACUCCUCUACCUGGCCGUGGAGUUCAGUGAUGACUUCGAGGGUGGAGUUCUGGCAAACGCUAAUGUUGGAGGUGAGAACUGUCACCGAGGAGCUGCGCUGGGAGCGUUGCUGGGAGCUGCAGCUGCAGCUCAGGGGAAGACAAUCGCCCAGAAAUGGAAGGAUGGACUGGGAACAGCUCAGAAAGGCCUCAAGACUGUUGUCUCACAAAUGAACAAAGAUUGAAAACACUUUUAAAAAUGAAAUGUACUUCCUCUUGUUCAGUGCUAUGUUGGAAGAUCUGCAGCAUUUGGUCAUGUGCUUGUGAUUGACUGAUAGUUGGUGCAGUAUUUCAUUCUAGCGAAUAUUGGAUACUCUCAAUUAGAUUUUCAUCCCAAUGUUUGGCGUGGGGCAUUUUAUGUUUACUAUUGUACAAAAUAUAAUUGGUACAUGUGUAGUAGGUAGUGGG